CACGGCGUUCCGAUCCUUUUCUAGGCUCUUAAUCUCCAACUGAACCGACGAUAAGCAAAGGCCUUAGAAACUCUACGCCUGCGCAUAUGGAGCCUUUAGGUCUGGCUUUGUUCUUCCGUAUCAGUUGUGCAUCUGCACGCAAGCCGAUUCCUCAUUUUUCUUCCGUCAAUUAUACGAUAAAAUUGGUUCGAUAUAGCAGUAUCUUGCUCCAGUACUAUCAGCUUUCCCCCUCAAUCGAUCACGACAGUGAAUUCAGUAGGGAUUACCUACUCCCUGGUUUGAGAGCUCCGACCCGCUGUAAAGAGAUAUUGGUGAGAUACUUGGCAGUCAGAUGCGCUAACUCACUGCGUCUCUUCUGCGAAGGUUGGUACUCCUCAUCGCUCUCAUUGGCAUCACUCUUGCGUUUCUUCGCGGUCGCUAUCGGAAAACAUAAAAGGACAAAUCUCUCGCCUCUCUUCUUGGCAGGAUUUGCGUUUUCUGCUUCUUGGUCCACUUUGACUUUCUUUGAGAGGGCUUGUGAGUCAAUACUACCUCUUUUCCUUGUCUUAGGCUGAUAUUCUGGCAUUUCUAUACCCUUGAGUUCGCAGUACGCUUCCAGCUUCUCUGUCAGCCUAUCGAUACACGUCGGGCCUGCACCUGUUAGAACCGCAAGUUCC